AAGAACACGCGCCAAAUUCAUCAGGGAGAGGAGAGUUUCUGAGGCAGAAUGUCGAAGAAAAGGGGCCUGAGUUCGGAGGAAAAGCGAACGAAAAUGAUGGAGAUAUUUUUCGAAACGAAGGACGUGUUCCAGCUGAAGGACUUGGAGAAGAUCGCUCCACGGGAAAAGGGCAUCACUGCGAUGUCGGUGAAGGAGGUGCUGCAGAGCGUGGUGGACGAUGCCAUGGUGGACACCGACCGCAUCGGCACCUCCAACUACUACUGGGCCUUCCCCAGCAAGGCCCUGAACUCCCGGCAGAACAAGCUUAUGGCCCUGGAGGCACAGCUGAAAGAGGGGGAGGUGCGGCGCCAUGGCCUACAGGAGAGCGUGGUGAGGGCCACGGCGGGCCGGGAGGACACGGAGGAACGCACCGAGCUGCUGCAGGAGCUGGCGCGGCUGCGCUCCUGCAAGGAGAAGCUGCAGGCUGAGCUGGAUAAACAUCGCGAGUGCGACCCCGAGGUCAUCAGCGACCUCCGAAAAGAGAACGAGAUAUCCAAGGAUGCCGCGAACAGAUGGACAGACAAUGUGUUCUCCAUCAAGUCGUGGGCCAAGAGGAGGUUCGGGCUGGAGGAGGAUCAGCUGGACAAGUCUUUCGGGAUUCCUGAGGAGUUUGACUACAUCGAGUAACGAUCGUGGAUUUGUCCCAGCCGGCACACCACGUCCAGUAUCCCCCUCCCCUUGGCCGCAGCUACUCGUCGCAGCCAAAGCGGACAGCAGCAUGAAGCCCACGUGGAGUCCUCUUGACGAGUUGACGACACGUGGCGUUUUCCCGGUGUAUUUCUCCAACGCGUGUUCAUGGUGUACCGCGUCGUCGUUCAGAGUGAUGUCCGACGUUUCGUUCCACGCACCGGGAGCCAAAUUCAGGUCCUGCAGAAGCUGUCGGCACGAGGAGUGGAACGUCAUCGAGGCCGUUCCCUUCGUCUCCGCGCACUUUCCCACAUCUUUGACUUCCUCAUUUCGACCUCGUUCCCUCCUCUGCUCCCACCUCUUCCAAGUGGUCACCUUGCCAGCGUGGAAGUGUAGGCCAACUACCGUCUAGAGCUGUGGCUGGUGGAAGCAACGCCCGCCAGCAAGGGGUGUGUGCAAGCCAUUGCAGGGCUGCACCUGUGUCUCUGCCUACUGCAGGCUCUACCAGAAGUGAAUGAAUCCCUGGUGACCACCAAAGCCUUUGUCAGGCCACUUGCCUGUGGUGGACACGAUGAGUGGAGGUGGUGGGUGGAGGUAGCGGUGUUUCACUGCUUCCACGCCCGUGCGGGGUGAUCCCGCAACUCGCUGUGGGUGGUGGCUCUGACCAUGACCAAAACCUGAACCCUAUCCGUGACCUUGUCUCAAAACCCGAUCUGCCUGACCCUUAUCCUGCCCAUCCUGUUGUACCCAUACAUAGUUGCGUCUGGAUCGAUUCAAUUGGCAGCAACGGUGUUUUUAACAACGGGGGUGUUGUUCUGGCCGUCUUGCAUUUGUGAGUGCUGGUUGUGAGGGCCUAUAAGGACGCCUGUGUUUAAACAUGUGUGUGCUCACAUGAGUUCACGUGUGUUUUCACGGUUGCGCUAUCUCUCUGCUGCAUUUUCCGGGUCGUGCCGCUUGCGUGUUGUUCGUGCACGGUGUCCGAUGUCUCGCUCCACAUGCUGGGUACUUGUUCAGGAACUGAAUCGCAUCGGAGAGCUGCUGCACGCGAGUGAGCCUGCACCUCUGUGUUGAUUGAUCCAUGGACCGGAGCAGACAUCCAGCUGAGGUUCCAGCUCGGCACCAUCGUUAUUCUACCAUCUGAUAUCUCCACUCUUUUCAAGAGGUUAUCAUUUAUUCACUGUUGUUGGCCACGUAAAGGAAUUGGGACAUCUAAGGUUACACCACCUCUGGUGGAACCGACAACAUUAAAUAUCUGAAAGCAAACUCAACACAUUCUUAAUUAACCCUGUGAGCGGCCUUUAAAUAAAACAAAUGUAAUAAAAGACGUUUCGGGCAUUGAGCCUCCUCCGAUGUAAUAUAUUGACGAAUAUGUUGAGUUUAAUUUUUUGUUAUUUUAUUUACUGUGCUCGUACACCACUGUCCACGCAGCAGCAGCCCCAACUCAUUUGAUAGUAAAUGAUCUGGUCCUGGGCUCAUAGACAUAAUAUACCACGUGUAGAUUCUAGUAGAAGGAAGGAAGCGAUGACAUGUGUGAUGGCAUCAGUGACCCUUAACAUGAUGACGUCUUGACCUUGUCUGUUUGGGUGUUUUUUUUACGGGAGCGGUAGUGUAGUGCUUAGCACGCUUUGAACCUGGCAACCCAAAGUUUAUUCCGCUCUCUGCCAACACCAGGGACGAUUAUCUGAAUCAGUCCCGGGCGUCCCCUAGGUCAACUUGGCCUCAAAUGAGUACCUGCUGCGAUGUAUAAACAUCACUCGAGAGACAAAGGUGGCCAGGCGUGGUUCUGGCCGCCCACUCCUUCGUGUACCGUGCCGGCCUUCAUAGUUUCUUGCUAAUAUUACUUGCCCCAACAGUUUGUUGAGACUAUACGGAGGAUAUUUGUAUUGUUGGCAAACAAAAAUAAACCUAUUUCCAUUG